AUGUUUUUGAGUGUGACAGGAGGGGUGGGGAGGGCGUGACCAAUCGUCUGAAGGAAAGGAAUGUUGAAGAAGACUCACCUGGUAACUUGCAGGAAUACAGUUGCGCUAUGAAAAGAAGAUGAAGGAAUUCCAGUUUAACUUAUUCGUAGUUGAGCAAAAGACAGUUUAACGGAGAUACGAUGUACACAUCCGAACGCAGGCGAAUGAGCCUGCAUGAGAUCAAAAGAAAAGAUCCUGUUAGAGUUUCGGCUGGAAGUCUAUGGCAGGAUCCUUUGGCAUGUAUCGAACUCAGUAACACCUCGGGUAAAAAUAUAAUUUCGCCUCGAAGUCGGACGAGGGCACUGGCAGUUAUCCACAUUGCCAUUGAGCAUGCUUCAGUGCCCCAAACACAGGAAAAUCUUUCUCUAAAGUGCCUUAAAGAAGCAUGCGCUGACACACAUGCGGUGUUGAAAACCAUUCCGUUCGAGAGAAUAGCACUGGGGACAACUGAUGUUUUGGACAAUUUUUACAACGCAGACGUUGCAGUGGUAGAGAUGAGUGAUUCGUUUUGCCAGCCCUCUCUUUUCUAUCACCUGGGCGUGAGGGAGAGUUUCAGUAUGACGAACAACAUCAUUCUCUACUGCAAUAAGCAGGAGAAUGACCUGCAAGCCCUCAAGGAACAAUGUGGGAGCUACACCUUCAUCCCGUACAUGGUGUCCCCUCAGGGGAAGGUGUUUGCCACUGAUGCUUCCACCAUGAAGGGGAUCCAGGAACUGAUGCAGCCUAGCUUCAAGCUAGAGCCCCUGCUCACUCCUCUGGUGGACAGACUGGUCCAGAUUCUGGAUAAUGUCCAAAUCCACGCCAGUGAGUACUUCCGGGAGUCGAUCCAGCGGGAGAUCCGUCUGGCCCGAGAGCGCUUCACUGGCCAGACCCUGAGUCAGGAGCUGGGCCGCAUCCAGAAGAGGCUGGACACCGUGGAGCUCCUGAGCCCCGACAUCGUCGUCAACCUGCUGCUCUCCUACAGGGACGUCCAGGACUACGAUGCCAUGAUCAUACUGGUGGAGACCCUGAAUAACCUUCCCACGUGUCGAGUGGCUGCCCAACAGAACAUCCAGUUUCAUUACAUAUUUGCACUCAACAGGAGGAAUUGCCCAGGCGACCGUGCCAAGGCCCUGGCAGUCAUUCUGCCCAUCGUGGAGUCAGUGGUCAAAGUGGCAUCCGAUGUGUACUGUUUGUGUGGACGCAUCUACAAGGACACGUUCAUGAGCUCUGCGUUUACUGACGCACACAGCCGAGACCAGGCCUGCUACUGGUAUGGGCGAGCGUUUGAGGCUGAGCCCACACUACACUCUGGCAUCAACAGCAUAGUGCUCCUCAUGGCUGCAGGUCAUCAGUACGACACGUCAGCUGAGCUUCGCAAAAUCGGUGUAACACUGAGCAGUUUACUUGGGAGGAAAGGGAGUUUGGAGAAGAUGCAGAACUACUGGGACGUGGGUUUCUACCUCGGUGCGAGCAUCCUCACCAACGAGCACAAGAAGGUCAUUGAGGCCUCUGAGAAGCUCUACCGACUCAAGGCGCCCAUUUGGUAUGUAGCAUCCAUCAUGGAAACAUUCAUCCUGUACAAACAGUUUGCCAAACCUCCGGAGGUCAAGCACCCAAAGCAAGAGACCGUAGACUUCUGGAUGGAGCUGAUGGUUCAGGCCUGCAAGCCCACUGUCUCCACCGCCCGCUGCCCUGUUCUGAUUCUGGAGCCCAGUAAGGUGUUCCAGCCCACUAUUGUCAGUGUGAGCGAGGAGGACGUCAGCCGCACAGUGCAACUGCAGCACGUCACGCCUCUGAUGAAAGGUCUCCACAAGUGGACUUUCCCAGCCUCUGCAAUAAGGGGAGUGAGUGUUUCCAAGUUCGAUGAGCGGAGCUGCUUCCUCUACGUCCACUACAACUCGGACGACUUCCAGCUGUGCUUCCCCAGUGACACACACUGUAUGGGGUUCUGUGAGCUGGUGAACUCUCUGCGGCAGCAGGCCGUCGCCCCUGUGGAGGAGCCGAGCCCGCUGAGCGGGGGAGUGUUAGAGUACAUCUAUGAGACGAGCGAGAACAGCGAUAAAGUGGUCCUGGGAAAAGGGACGUAUGGAGUCGUGUAUGCCGGCAGAGACCUGAGCAACCAGGUGCGCAUCGCCAUCAAAGAGAUCCCCGAAAAGGACAGCACUUACUCCCAGCCUCUGCAUGAGGAGAUAGCCCUGCACAAGAGGCUGAAGCACAGGAACAUCGUGCAGUACCUGGGCUCUGUCAGCGAAGAUGGGUUCAUUAAGAUAUUCAUGGAGGAGGUACCGGGAGGAAGCUUGUCCUCCCUCUUGCGCUCGAAGUGGGGGCCCCUGAAGGACAACGAGGCCACCGUAGUUUUCUACACCAAGCAGAUCCUCGAGGGACUGAAGUACCUGCAUGACAACCAGAUCGUUCACAGAGAUAUCAAGGGGGAUAACGUCCUAAUAAACACGUACAGCGGAGUUCUGAAGAUCUCUGACUUCGGGACCUCCAAGCGGCUCGCUGGGAUUAACCCCUGUACAGAGACAUUUACAGGAACACUGCAGUACAUGGCUCCAGAGAUCAUAGACCAGGGGCCUCGGGGCUACGGCAAGCCAGCUGACAUCUGGUCCCUGGGCUGCACCAUUAUUGAGAUGGCCACAGGCAAGACCCCCUUUCAUGAGCUGGGUAGUCCACAGGCAGCCAUGUUUAAGGUCGGUAUGUUUAAGAUCCACCCGAAGGUGCCAGAAUGCAUGUCUGACGAGGCCAAAGGCUUCCUUGUGAGCAGUUUCGAGCCGGACCCGGACAACCGAGCCACGGCAUCCGAGCUGCUGAAGGACACCUUCCUCACAGCCAGCCCACGCAAAAGAGUCAAGCCCGAGCCCAUCCAGAAGGAAACUGCAGCUGACUACCACAGGAGCAUGUCUGUGCCCAUCUGGGUCCAUGUGGAGGAUGUGGAUGCCGAACCCACUGACCUGUCCUGCUCUUUGGACCUGCGCCGGACCAUGCCGGUCCUCCGGAUGGACGACAUCGCAGAGAGCCCGCCCAACACCAGCGGGUUCCUCCCGGUUCCAGAGGAGCCUGCGGGGGACCUGAGUAGUCCGUCUGGUUCCGGGGAGAACCUGGGCCUGUUCCUAUUGCGGAAGGACAGCGAGAGAAGGGCCACUUUACACAGAGUCCUUACUGAGUACAACGACAGUGUGGUGCGCAACAUACAGGACACGCUACCCCAGUCUGACAAUCCAUCCUUCAAUGUGGAGCACAUCUCUGAGCUGAUUGGCUGUUUGAGGGAGAACAUCCGUUCGCCCGACAGGAAGCACCUGACCAACAGCCUCUUGAAGUUGCGCAGCACCCUGCUCAAUGCUGCAGUAUCGCUCAAAAACCUGCAGGUGGUGCUCUUCAGCUUCCAAGACGCUGUGAAGAAGGUGUUACGGCAGCAGCAGGUGAAGCCCCACUGGAUGUUUGCUCUGGAUAACCUACUGAGAAAGGCAGUGCAGGAUGCCAUUACAGUGCUCCUACCAGAGCUGAAGCUGCAGCUGCAGUCCUCCUUUGAGAUGGAUGAGUCGCCCGGAUCCCCCGACGUGGAGCCCCAGACCCCCACCACCACAGACGCCCAGCAGGACAUUCCAGCCUCCCCGCUGGAGGAGGACCCCGUGUGGGAGAGCGCAGCCAGCUCCUGCCGCCUCACCGAGCUCCAGUCCGGCAGCUCUCCACUGGCCAGAGAGCUCAGCCAGCUCAGGCUAGAGACCAGGAGGCUGCUGACCCAGCUGAGUGAGAAGGAGAGGGAGUACCAGGAGCUCCUCAGGGACAUGGUGCAGAACAAACAGAAGCAGAUCGAUGCCAUCAGAGACAGACGAGCGUCAGCAUCCUCAGAGGCGAGUUCUGAGAACACGGGACUGGUGCGCUGGCUGAGAUCCGUUCCUGUGGACCAGGACUCCAUAGAUACACUCGUUUCUCAUAAGUUCACUUUGGAGUGUCUGCUCCACACAGCUUCCAGAGACGAUCUCAAGUACUGCAACAUAAAGGGGGGCAUGCUGUGUCGGAUCUGGGCAGCCGUGUCAAAACAGAGACAGUCUCGCCUCAGCACACACACAGAGGAGGGGGAGGACACACUUCUCUGAACAGUGUCCGCACUAGACCCUGCACUGUCUCUGGGGAUGAUAUUGGCUGGUCCAAUAAGAAUGAUGUGGGUCCAUUAAAAACACUGGGUCUCCUUCAUGAA